AGAACUCAUUCUUAAGUUCAUUUGUGUAGAUUUACACAAAUGUGGAAACCGGUAAGAAUCUCUAUGCCAAGACAGAAGUUAUGCGCUACAUUAACAGGAACAACAUUACACAAGAGAGUCCUCAACAACCGGCUCAGUGGAGCUCUCCUCAACAGCCAACUCCUCUACAACAGGUUCAGUGGAGCUCUCCUCAACAGCCAAUUCCACUACAACAGGUUCGGUGGAGCACUCCGCCACAGCCAAGUCAGCAAGAGAGGGUGACCACAGAAGAUGAAGCUAAUAACGGAACAUUGCCAACAAAUGAAAUGCUGGACGGGUUGCCUUCUGGAUGGAGAAUCGAGGUGAAAUCUUGUAAAAGUGGUGCACAUAAAGGGAGAGAGUACAAGGCAAUGGCACUAAUUGUGCCCGCAUAG